AUGGCAGACAAAAAUUAAGAGUAACCAACAAUAAAGCCAGAAUCAACUGAGAAAUCAAUUACUUAAGUCAAAACUGAUACUAUAAAUGAGAAAAUUGAUCUUAUUGACAGAUUUACUAGCUCCUUUUUGCAUGAUGCAGUAAUAAAACCUAAAUUCUUAGAGUUGCUAGUUUUUCCAUUCGCAGUGAUGUUCAAUCCAAUAGCUGUACUAGUACUAGUUUACGCCAUCGGAUAUCAAUUUCCAAAGCAUAACUAUAAAACAGAUAAAACUUAGGAAUAAGUAGAAUUAUAUGAAUAUAAUGAUAAACCAGUGAACAUAGAUCCUCUCUUUUACGUCAUCUAGUAUGUGGCGUAAGUUGUUGUAGUUCUGAUGCUUACAACAAUAACCAAGAGACUUUUCAAAAGAUAAAGACCUAAUGUACCAGCACCUGCCAAAAGAAUGGUUGAUUUUAGGACAAAAGAGACCAAUGGAUCAAUGCCAAGUGGUGAUACUGCUUAAGCAGCAUUGUUUGCAUUCUAUAUUAAGUUUAAUUUUGUUCAUCUCUUUGUGAGAUUAGGAGGAGAUUAUUUUAUAGCAAAGUUUCUCACCUUAGUUGCUCUUGCAAGAGUUUUUCAUCAUUGUCACUUCUUUGGUGAUACUAUAAUAGGCGCCAUGAUUGGGUUUCUAGUUGCCUUUGGAUUUGAAUUUUAUGAAAUCGUACUACCUUUACCAUUCAAAUUAGCAUGA